AAGGAUGUUCGAGGAUUCCAAGGAAGCAGGACUUGCAGGCAGGUGCGGCAGGACCGCGUCAAAAUAGCUGCGCCCUAUAUUAUGUCAUAAUCUAGUGUUAGCCUCCUGCCAUCCCACCGCAUCAGCCUCUCCCCUCUCCCGCCAGUCAACCUUUCCCGCCAAUCAACCUCUCGCGCCAUUUUCACGUUGCCCGCCGUGCCCACACACCCUAUAAGGCUACAACAAUGCAUCCAACUACCAGUAUGUCGGUGUCCAAGUCACCGCCGUCCACCGGCAACACCAAUAAGAAGUUGAAAGGCAAGGAGACACCUGAGGCAGAGGUCGAGAAGGGGGCCGAGGCCAAGAGGGAGGAGGUCGAGGUGCAACAUCAAGAGCGUUGGACAACUUUUCUCGUGCGGGCGGAAAGGCAGUUGAGGAUGUACCGAAUGUUGUUGGCGAUCGUCCUAUCUAACUCCGUCGUGUUCAUAGCGGCAGCGUAUAUCAUGCAGCCCCCUUCGACAUCUACUGCCUCCCACAAGGCGUUUGUAGUAACAGCCUUCUUCUCACUAGUCUCACUUGUGUACAACAUUUGCAUCAUCCCUGGGAUACAGCGUCUUGUUCCACCCGAACCAACAAUUCGACCUGUGUUCCCUCAGUUACUUUUUGUUGCCGUCCUAUCCAACGUCUUCGUGUCUUCUUCUUUCAUGGUCGCCCUUGCAUUUAGAGCUUGGGAACAUACUGCCAGUGUUGGAUUGCUAAUAUUUCAAAUCGUCUUCAACGUUCUGGUCACCAUAACCAGCCUUUUAGGACACAUUUUCAUAGACAGGAUUACUAUAUCCCACGAUGUGUGACCCACAUCCACCUUUACUGUAUAGCAGUCCGCUCGCCUGUGGACGGUCCUUCUUGAUUUGUAACCAACGACUGUAGAGAAAUCUUGGGACGAGUUUAUGAUGACUAUACAGCUGUACCCUUCCCUUAAUAGUCUCGGAGUAUUCACGCUGCACCAUCCCCACCACGAACACUUCCACUGCGAGCAGCACGAACAGCACGAAAGUCAGCGAGGAUUGCAGGGCCUGCGGCAAGGCACUACGCG